AUGCAUACCGGCAUCUUCCUUCUCUUUGUGACAUUCUCCUUAUCUUUUACCGCAGCAGGUCUCGCGAUCAAGCACGGCGUUCCAGAAGAUGGUCUACUCAUACAACGUCGCAGUCCUGUUGUAGUCGACGCGAGUCGCCAUGUUAUCGAGCGAAAGUCCAUAAUCGAGGAUGUACCGGCUCCUGUUGUCGAAUCCGGCUUAUCUACGGUCACAGAUGGAGAGAUUAUGAGCAAGGACGAUGCUUCAGCUUCGGAUCAAGACCCUACGACUAUUUUAAAGACGAGAGAUCAAGGACACAGAGAUGAUGACAGUCAAAGACGGACUGCUGACCUGGAACAACGAGCUGACCGCCACGGGCCCGGAUAUGGCAGGAGGUCAGACAACCUAGAACAACGAGCUGACCGCCACGGGCCCGGAUAUGGAAAGAGGUCAGAUGAUCUAGAGGUGCUCAGCGAACGACGCGGUGGUGAAUAUGGCCAAUGA